ACUUAAUUGGCAAAUGUAAAGAAAAGCCCCUUUUCACCUGGAAAGAGAACAUUUUUAAACAAAUCUCAGAUCAGAAAAAAAAGAAGUUAGUGGCAGAGUGGUGCCAGGUAAGACUCAAGGAAGCAAAAGUUUAUAGACCCCACUGCCAUAGGCAACUUCCAUGCCCUCUGUGGUUUUUCCCCAUGGGUCUGAGGCAGCAUAGAGGCAGGGUGGGCCAGACGGAUGCAUCCGCGACCCUGUACAACUAGGUGUCGCUCCAGAGACCCUUUCCACCCUGUGGAGCCUGCGAAACGCAACUUGCAAGAAAAGCCAGUGGGUGUGGAAGACACUCUGCAUCUCCUCUUGAACUGAGGCUGUCAGAAGAGCUCAUCUCAUAAGAGGGAAAAACUAUCACUGGUUCUGAGACCCUUCUUUAGUCCAUGUCAGUUGCCUGAUCCAGUAAUUACUAUCCAUGGGGGACCAUUUCCUGCAAUCCUACAGUCCUUCCCAAUCCUGCUAAGGUCCCAGAAAAUAUUGGUGAACAACUAAGCCCAGAGCAGCAACGUGGGAUACAGAGAACAACAGCCUUUUACAGCAGCAGCAGCCCCUGAUUAAAACCAUCAGCUUUAUCAGACUACACCAAGACCCAGGACUUCUUCUCCAAAGAAAGAGAGGAGCAAGCAAUGAUGAAGACCAUGUCCGGUGGGAACUGCACCCUGAAUGUGCCAGCCAAGAAUUCAUACCGCAUGGUAGUCCUGGGAGCCUCCAGAGUAGGCAAAAGCUCCAUUGUCUCACGCUUUCUCAAUGGCCGGUUUGAGGACCAGUACACUCCCACCAUUGAGGAUUUUCACCGCAAGGUCUACAACAUUCGGGGAGAUAUGUAUCAGCUGGACAUCUUGGACACCUCUGGGAAUCACCCUUUCCCUGCUAUGAGGAGGCUUUCUAUCCUGACAGGAGAUGUUUUCAUUCUGGUGUUCAGCCUGGACAACAGAGAAUCCUUUGAUGAGGUCAAGAGACUCCAGAAACAGAUCCUUGAGGUAAAAUCCUGCCUGAAGAACAAGACCAAGGAAUCAGCUGACCUCCCUAUGGUGAUCUGUGGCAACAAGAACGACCACAGUGAAAUCUUCCGCAAGGUGCGUUCAGAUGAAGGUGAGAACCUUGUUGCCAGCGAUGAAAAUUGUGCUUACUUUGAAGUUUCAGCCAAGAAGAACACCAAUGUGGAUGAGAUGUUCUACGUCCUCUUCAGCAUGGCCAAGCUACCUCAUGAGAUGAGCCCUGCCCUCCACAGAAAAAUUUCCAUUCAGUAUGGUGACACGUUCCAACAGAAAUCCUUUCGAAUGCGCCGGGUCAAGGAUAUGGAUGCCUAUGGCAUGAUCUCUCCCUUUGCUCGCCGGCCAAGUGUUAACAGCGAUCUGAAGUAUAUCAAAUCAAAAGUUCUCAGGGAAGGUCAAUCAAGGGAGAGGGAGAAAUGCACUAUCCAGUGAAGGCGGCUAGCCAUUCUCUCUGAAGUCGUCAUCCACAUGUAGUGCCUUAAAGAAAAACAGUCUGCAAAAGCCCAGAAUGGGCUUACUGGGUUCAAUCAAUUGAGAAAGCCCAGUAUGGCAAAAGGAUAACUCUUCCUAGAGUUCUACUGAAUCAUGAACAUAAACAAUAUUGUUCUUGUAAAUGACUGGGAAAAAUCGUAUGCCUGAUAUGUGACUGCAUUUCUUUGUCUUUGUAAUGUAGUUCCUCUUCGCUGCCCUUUUUGUCUAAAGACCAUAGACUUGAGAAGUAAAGACAUUUCAACCUCAUGCCUACAAAGAAAGUAGGUCAAUAAUGCACAGAAGGCAUUAACAGCUAUCCCAGUGGUGUGCAGCUCUUGCUGAAAGAGAGAAGGAUGUGUGUCUAUGUCUGUGGUGUGUGUGUGUGUGUGUGUGUGUGUGUGUGAGCGCGCGCAUGUGUAUUUGCAUACAUGCAUGGAGCACUCCCUUAAAAAUAUGAAACUUAUGUUUCUAAGGACAACAAUCUUACUGAGGUUUCCUAGAUUGGGAGUGGACUCUGUAUGCAAACACAUGAUUCUGACUCACUUCUGAGGUGACCUGCAUUCAAAAGAUCUUGAUUUUAUGUUUGCUGGGACAGCUGUAAUUUGACAUUGACAAGAAUGUUGUUUUUUAUUAUUGAUUUUGGUUUGGUUUUUUAUUGUCUGGGGGUGGUUUCCUAGCAAAACCAGAUGGCUAGUGUGUUUGAAAUGAAAAGUGUCUGAUUUUUAGAAAUAAAAAGUGUGUUCAGCUGUAAAUCUAAAUAAUGUGUACAUUGAUUGAGAGUGAAAUUGUACUGUAAAAAGCCAAUACAUUUGAAUGCUUUGCAAGCCUAGUGUAGUAUUCUUUCUCACAGCAGCAAUCCCAAUUCUGAACACCAUAGUACAAAUGCCACCCUUUGCCCUGCUGGCCACUGGAAAAAUGGUUCCUUCUGUGUGCCUGUGACAACUGGGGCUGACUAGAUUCAUGUGUUGACUUAGACCAUUUCAGAAGCAGGGUUGAGUUUUCCUUUAAAAUUAAGAACUGAAUGGAUGUGGCCUCUUGAUCUGGGAUCAGCUCCAUCAUAUGUCUUCUGUUAACAUUUAGUCAUUUUGUUCAUGGUUUUACUUGACUUUUGACAAAGCUUACGUUGGUGGAAAUGAUCGCACUACAGAAGUUCUUCAGAACAGAAGCUUUGUGCUGGCUGUCUAUAUAAGAUUGGACUGGCCAAAUAAAUCUGGGACCACCACUUUCUUAUUCCCUUUCUCAGCUCAGUCUAAGCUUCCUUGUCUUAAGCUCUCUCCCUGUCUGGCUUCUGGCUUUAUUGCUUGGUAUGCUACGCUCCUGUAUGCCCUGAAAGCCAAAUAUAUUCUCUCAGAUAUGAGCUUGCCACUCUCGCUGACUGAAAUGAGAGGUGUGCAUGCAUAACUAUGGGCAGAGCAUGGCCCCUGGACUGUACAUAACAGUAGAGUAUAUAUGUUAUAUAUACCUCAGAAGAGCAUUUGGAUAUUCUUGUCCCUCCCUCACCAUCAAAUUCUAUUCUUGGCUGCAUCUUGGUCAGAGCUGUGACCUAAUUCGUUCUGUAAUCUGACAGAAAACCAAGAAUGAUGAAUGUUUGUGAAAAUUAGCCUCUGGGAAUCAAAAUCUCAUCAUCAUUUGUCAGCUCCACUCUUCAUUGGUACUGUAUAUUGACUGAUAAAAUACACUGUUCUUUUAUCCCUGGUGCCAGGGCAACACCUUUCUGACCAUUUCUCCCUCCCUAUCUAUAAAUAUGUACACUGUUUAUGAUUAAAUUUGUCUUAUUUA